AGGACAGAUCCUGAAACUGAGGCUCCAAUACUUUGGCCACCUCAUGAGAAGAGAAGACUCCCUGGAAAAGACCCUGAUGUUGGGAAAGAUGGAGGGCACAAGGAGAAGGGGACGACAGAGGAUGCGAUGGCUGGACAGUGUUCUCGAAGCCACCAACAUGAGUUUGACCAAACUGCGGGAGGCAGUGGAAGACAGGAGUGCCUGGCGUGCUCUGGUCCAUGGGGUCACGAAGAGUCGGACAUGACUAAACGACUCAACAACAAUAAUUAUGACUAUGACUGUUAUUAGUACCGGUAUUCUAUUUGUACACCGCCACCCUGGGCAGCUCCCAGCAUAUAAAAACAUAAUAAAACAUUCAACACUGACAAGACUUCCCUCUCCCGGACUGCCUUUAGAUGUCUCCUAAAGGUGGCCUCGCUCCUUCUUUCCAUGCUCUGCCCUAGAAUCAUAGAAUCCUAGAGUUGGAAGAGACCCCAAGGGCCAUCCAGUCCAACCCCCUGCCAAGCAGGAAACACCAUCAAAGCAUUCUUUGAUGCUUUGCACACAGCAUUCUGCACACAGAAACUCAGAUAUACGAUCUCGUUGCGAAAUGGCACCUUCAGCCUGGGUUACAGUUGCCACAAUGGAAUGCGUGUGAGGUGUGCCUCCCCCCUGUCGCCGUCGGCUAUGGCUCUGAUCGAGGGCGUGGGGGACGAAGUGACGGUCCUUUUUGGGGUGCUGCUGGUGCUGCUGGUGCUGGCCCUUGCCUGGUUCUCCACGCGCACGGUGGAGCGAGGGGACCCCCUCUUUGCUGCUUCGCCCCCUCUUGCCGCAGGGGGGCAGCCGCGGGAAGGAGGCCUCCUGGUGGAAGGCAGGUCUGGGGCGCAGGUCUCGGGGGUCCGGCAGGUCAAGGAUGAAGGGGCGUCAUCUUCGGCCGCUGCUGCCUCGGACCCCGGGGUGCUCAGGCAUCGCACGGCCCCCAGCCCUGCCCAGGCACCCCGGCUGGCCCCUGGCGCAGAAGCCCCCCCAGCAGACAACACCAUCGUCCUGCGGCUGAAGUUCCUGAAUGACACAGAGCGCCUGGCUCGGGUCCACCCUGAGGACACUGUCGGCACCCUGAAGAGGACCCACUUCCCAGGCCAGGAGCAACUGGUGCGCCUCAUUUACCAAGGCCAGCUCCUCCGGGACGACUCGCAGACGCUCUCCGCCCUGCACCUUGCCCACAACAGCGUGGUGCAUUGCCACAUCUCGCAGAACCGGCCGCUGCCUGCGCCCACCCAUGGCAAUGGAGCCCCGGCGGACGCCGCCCAGGCGGCCCUCAAUGUGGGCAGCCUGAUGGUGCCUCUCUUUGUGCUGAUGCUGGGCGCCCUCUGGUACUUCCAGCUCCAGUACCGCCAUGUCUUCACGGCUACGGCCACCACCUGCCUGGCGGGCCUCACCCUGGUCUUCAGCUUCGUGGCCUUUGCCGUCUACCGCAGAUAGCACCCAGCCGAGGCCCGGACUCUGCGCGCCAGCCUGCCAGGGGAGGGCAGGGCCCCUGGGCGGACAGAGACCUCGCAGGCUCCCUGACUGCCGCCUCGGAGAUGCCUGGAUGUGUGUUCCCUGCCCUUCCUCUUUGCGCCUCCCAGGGUGCCAUGUGCUGCAGUGGGCGCCUUGCAUGUACCUCUGAGCGGGACUGGACUGGAGGGGGCCGGGGAGGUGGGCAGGAGCCGCCUGUGGUGCCUAAGUGGGGAAGGGGUCCUG